AUGACGUUCUCUUUCGAUCGGUCAAUCUCUCUUAUUCAAUUCUGCGACAAAGAUCUGAUAGUGCUUUUCCAGUUGGGGGAAAAUGGCGUCUUACCCAAAGAAGCGAUAAAAUUGAUCAACAAUCCAGAGAUAUACAAAUUAGGGGUUAAUAUCAAAGGUGAUCUCAACCGCUUAAACGACAAUUUUUCGGAUGAUGGGAACUUCAAGCCUGCCUCGUUUCUCGAAUUAUCCAGACUUGCUAGGAUGGUAGAGCCUGAAUGGCGAGGGAAGGGUAGAAGACUCAUUUCUCUGGCAGAUCAAUGUCAACAUUUUCUUGGGAAAACUUUGAAUAAGGACGAAACUAUACGACAAGGUAAUUGGGACGGAGAACUAAAAGAGGAAGCUACCGAUUACGCUGCCAAUGAUGUUUACUCUUCACUCAAAAUAUACGAUAAACUCAUAUCCAUGUCAGAACUCAAGCAGAUCACUAUUGAUUAUCCAUACCUGUGCGUAGACCGUGAUCCACCACCAAAAACGAAACCAUAUUCUCAUCCGCUCAUAGAUGAAUUUGAACUUCAAUAUAAUGCUCCACCAAUCAAGUACACUAUUGCAGGAAGGGAAUUUCAGCACCCAGCCUGGGCUCCGAGGCUGCUCCCUUCUGAGAUCAGAGCUUUUGAAGCUUUUCUUAAAGGUGUAAGAGUCAGGUAUUAUGCGGAGGAGUAUAGGAUUCAAAUAAUCACUGUGCAGACUUAUAUCAGUAAAGUAGUCAAAAGGUUUGGUAUGAAUGGUCUGACUGAGGAAGAGCAGACAAGGCUCAUAGCAGAAGCGUGGAGACGACCUCCCGGUAUACCCGUUCCUGCGAGUGCUUCAGCUAAAGAAUAA